GCGCACCAAAGCACGGCACAUACUGUAAAUAGAUGAUAGCCUGUAUUUUAAAUGUAUUCAAGUGUGAGAGAAAAGAAAUUGCUUUCAGGCGAAAGACGAGACCAGCUCUGGGAGAAUUUUCAGCGCUCUGUCUGCAGUUGGCUGCGUUAAUUUCCACAAGCUGAAAGUGAAAGAUUCCAAGGAGCUUUGCGGAGGAGGAAACAUCUUUACAGUGUAGCCAUGAGGAACUUGGUGUUUUGGGGAGUUUUCUGAUCCGAGGAUGUGAGGGAUGAGUCUGCAGCACGUCUUACUGCUUCUGGUGUGUUCAUGCAUCACCCUUCACUCAGUUGGAGAGGACUCCGUUUCGUCAUUUGAAUGCCUCUCACGAUGGCUAAGCGGGAGAGCGGCAGCACCAGCCCGGUGGUGCGUCAGAUAGACAAGCAGUUCCUGGUGUGCAGCAUCUGUCUGGAGCACUAUCACAAUCCUAAAGUUCUGCCCUGUCUCCACACCUUCUGCGAGAGAUGUCUCCAGAACUACAUCCCUCCUCAGUCGCUGACCCUCUCUUGCCCGGUGUGCAGACAGACCUCCAUCCUGCCUGAAAAGGGUGUUGCUGCUCUGCAGAACAAUUUCUUCAUCACUAAUCUAAUGGAGGUGUUGCAGAGAGAGCAGGACUGCACCCGUCCCGAAGCCUCGAGUGGGCUGGAGUCAGCCGGUGCUGCCACAUAUGCCCCGCCCCUCUCAUGCCCCAACCAUGAGGGCAAGGUCAUGGAGUUUUACUGCGAGUCCUGUGAAACAGCCAUGUGUUUGGAAUGCACUGAAGGAGAACACAGAGAACAUGUGACUGUUCCACUGCGGGACGUCCUAGAACAACACAAAGCAGCACUGAAGAACCAGCUAGAUGCAAUCCGCAACAGGCUUCCACAGCUGACCGGGGCUAUAGAGCUGGUAAAUGAUAUCUCCAGACAGCUAACAGACAGGAAGAACGAAGCUGUUUCGGAGAUCAGCAAUACGUUCGAGGAACUGGAGAAAGCACUACACCAGCGUAAGACUGCCCUUAUCACUGACCUGGAGAACAUCUGCACCACCAAACAGAAGGUGCUACAAAGCCAACUGUCUGCAUUAUUGCAGGGAAAAGAGAACAUCCAGAGUAACUGUAGCUUCACCGAACAGGCCCUAAACCACGGCAGCCCCACCGAAGUUCUCCUGGUGCAGAAGCAGAUGGGAGAGCGGAUGGGGGCUCUUGCCCGCCACGCCUUCCCUGAGCAACCCCACGAAAACGGACACCUUGACUGUCAGGUGGAGACAGAGGGGUUGCGUCGCUCCAUCCAGAACCUGGGAGUCCUGCUAACCACCAGCGCCGUGGGCCACACCAGCGUAGCGACUGGAGAGGGUCUCAGACACGCUGUCAUGGGUCAGAAUACCACUGUUACAGCCACCACUAAGGACAAAGACGGUGAACUAGUCAAGACUGGAAAUGCGGCACUGAGGGCUCAGAUCACCGGGCCUGAUGGAACGGUCACCGCAACGGAGAUAACGGACAACAAGAACGGCACCUAUGAGAUCGGCUACACCCUCCGUGCGGAGGGCGAGUUUUCCUUCUCUGUCCUGCUCUACGGACAGCCCGUGAGGGGCAGCCCCUUCCGCCUGAGGGCCAUCAAACCCUGCGACGCCCCGCAGUCUCCCGAUGACGUUAAGAGGCGUGUGAAGUCCCCAGGAGGAGGAGGCGGGGGCGGAGGGCACGUUCGGCAGAAAGCGGUCCGCAGACCCUCGAGCAUGUACAGCACCACGAAGAAGAAGGAGAACCCAAUAGAGGAUGACCUCAUCUACAGAGUGGGAACGAGAGGAAGAGAAAAGGGGGAAUUCUCCAACCUGCAGGGUAUCUCCACCACCAGCACUGGACGAAUCGUGGUAGCUGACAGCAACAACCAGUGCAUACAGGUGUUUUCCAACGAUGGUCAAUUCAAUCUGAAGUUUGGGGUCAGAGGUCGCUCUCCUGGCCAGCUGCAGCGACCCACCGGCAUCGCUGUGGACAUGAACGGUGACAUCAUCGUGGCUGACUAUGACAACAGAUGGUUGAGCAUCUUCUCUCCUGACGGCAAGUUUAAGAACAAAAUCGGCGCAGGCCGGCUGAUGGGUCCUAAAGGAGUCGCCGUGGAUAAGAACGGACACAUUAUCACAGCAGAUAACAAAGCUUUCUGCGUCUUCAUCUUCCAAUCCAACGGCAAGCUGGUGACCAAAUUUGGUGCCAAGGGAACAUCAGAGAGGCAGUUUGCAGACAAAAGUGCUCCAAAUACGCCAACUGAGCCAAAGCAGAGUAAAUCCGGCCCUGCCUUCAGUCCACAUUUCGUGGCUAUAAACAACAAGAAUGAAAUUAUUGUGACAGACUUCCACAAUCAUUCUGUGAAGGUUUACAAUGCCGACGGGGAGUUCCUGUUUAAAUUCGGCUCUCAUGGAGAAGGGAACGGGCAGUUUAAUGCACCCACAGGUGUGGCUGUGGAUGGAAAUGGGAAUAUUAUUGUUGCAGACUGGGGCAACAGUAGGAUACAGGUGUUUGACAGUUCUGGCUCUUUCCUGUCAUACAUCAAUACGACGGCAGACCCUCUGUACGGCCCCCAGGCUCUCGCUCUCACGUCCGAUGGUCACGUAGCCGUGGCAGACUCUGGAAACCACUGUUUCAAAGUCUAUCGAUACCUGCAGUAGAGACCGUGAUGAAAGGUUUAGCAGGUAUACUGUAAGGUUCACGUCUCUUCUGCAUUUCAUGUUUUCCUUUGCACAUAAUUCGGCACAACAUUUUUUCCAGAAGACAAUUGACUGGUUUUAAGUUGACGUGUCGUAAACGAACCCAGGGUUUAAUGAAUGUUGCAACCGUAUCCGAUUGAUUUACAUGAAUAAUUUCCAAACUGAAUGUACAGUCAUAUUAAACACAAAUAAUAACACUCAAGUUUCACCAGAUAUUGACUAAGGCAGCUAUCCGUACGCUUUCAAAGGACAAAGCAUUAUGUGCUGUUUUCCAAAAUAUCAAGCUACUUUGUAAACCAAUUUAUGAAAUCAAACUGGGAUUUUAAUGGUUGAAAUAUAUAUUGUAAGCAUUUCUUCAGCAGUUCAUUAACGCUUUAGCUUUAGAAUGACCUGUAGAGGACGCUGUUACACAUCGACCAGCCAUUCGUGCUUUGAGUAGUUGUACACGUGUAUGCAUUUAUAUCAUACGGUGUAAAUUGAUCGCCAUUGGUUUGCUGUAAACUGUAUGGUUUUGGAAACUCUUACUGCGCUAAAGCUCGAUAUUUAAAGUAACCCGGCUGUUAAUGUAAACUGGCUUUUAGUAAAGCUGCUUCAAGGUUUCUCGUGCCUCCACUUUCAAAAGCUCCUUCAUAUCACUCAUCACAACAGCGCAAUUCACAUAUUGCAUGAUCUUUUUUUCUGCUUAUGUUAAAAAGGUAAAGUUAAUUUUAUUUUGUACACGCUCUUGUAAUGUACAUGUUAUUUUUUUUAAGUUAAAAGUAUUUUGUUUAUUUGCAAGCUCAAUGCCGUCAGUGGUCAAGAAAUGAUCGAGUGGAUACGGCUAAUGUGUUGUGAAGUGUUUUCAUGCACAGAACAAAGGGAAUGUGUCAUAACAAAAUAAUGGAAAUUGAAAAAAUGUUCAACAAUAAGCCAUUUUAUGCAUUUUACGUUGCCAAAUUCGAGAUAAAAAAAGCAGGGUACUGUUCACAGUUUACCAUAUUACUGAAGAAUUUACUACUGUUUUUUUAUUUUAAAUUUUUGUUCGAUUCUUAUGAAUGUAAGAAAAAACUGUGACAAAAAGAUCAGUUUUAUCAUUUUGGUCCAGAUGUCACACUAUUAGAAUACACAGCCGAAAUGAAUUGAAUCAGAUGAGCAUUUGUACUUUAUUUGGAGAACGUUUCUAUUCUGAUAAAACUUAUUCUGAACAAAUGUGCACAAGCGAUGGAAAGCGAGUGCUGUUUAAGACAAUACUACAGUAUUCUGUAAUAAAACGACAGUGUAACAGAACACAAGGCAUUUUAAAUUUGGUGUAUUCUGCAAUAAUCCUCAAAUAUGUAUCAGAAAUGUACCGUCUCAAAAACUAGCCCUAAGAUGAGUAUGUAUUUAUAAUAUGGGCAGUCAGAGAUGUUUUAUAAAGUAAUAUCUGAGGUUAUUGUAAUAAAGUUCUUCCCUUUAUGUAACAGAUUAAGAGUAAAGUGAAUCUACUGUAUUGCCAAUAUUACAAACCUUACACAUUAAAAUCGAAACUGAAAUG